AUGAGUAGCACUGGCCACAGCAGCUUUCGGCGUCUCCAGCCGGGUCGCCUUUUCCAGUGGGUGGGCGAGGUCAGCCUUCGCGCCCUUGAACGUGGAGCCCUCGUACCCAUCACCACGGCCGUCCAAAAGGUCGAGACAGAUGGCGUGGUCGUCCCGCUCCGCAUCAUGGCCCGAGCUUCUAAGAAAGACCAAAGCAAGAAAGUUCGACCGGCUGAUUUUAACCCUUUUCUACCCCCAGACCCUGACCUUACGGUGUGCGAGGUCACGGAUAGUCAUUUGGUUUUGUUAAACAAGUUUAACGUCAUCCAUCAUCAUGCCCUCUUGGUGACCAAAGAUUUUGUCGAACAGUCAUUGCCCUUUUCAGCUGCCGAUCUUGAGGCCACCGCUGUGACACUGCAGGAACACAACUGGCUCGUCUUCUUCAAUAGUGGACCAGAGGCCGGUGCCUCUGAGCGACACCGGCAUCUGCAACUUGUACCGCUGCCCGUUGAGACAGGUCUUCAUGCCGAUGUGCCGAUUGAGGUGCUGUUCGACCCCUCCUUGCCAGUGCACCAAAUCACCCGACAGCCGCGUCUGCCCUUUCGUCACGCCUUUGUGGCCUUUCACGCGGACCACGUGACGGGAGCUUCUUUGCUGGAAUUCUACACCCAAAUGAUUGAUACUUUGGGCUUGCGUCUGCACGAUGCUCCUCAUCUGAAGGCACACAACGUCCUGCUGACCCGUCGCUGGAUGAUGAUCGUGCCCCGCACUCACGAGGCCGUCCACGGCAUUGCUCUCAAUGCCAUGUCCCUUGCCGGCUGCCUCCUCGUUCGCACCGAGGACCAAGAAGCCACGGGCGGAGCAGUGGCGGUGAAGGCAACGAGAGUGCUCGGCUCCCGUCGGGACGAGAGGUUGCAGAGAAGACCACGUCCAGACGUCGACGCCAACGCCAACGCGAGCAAGGCUGACACGUCCAGCUUUAGACCCAGACACCACACAGCACCGGCUUUCCAACCCCAACGCUCGGGCUCGGGCGUCAUGGGCAAGUGGAACAGCAAACCCAUCGUCGACGGCGCUGAGCUGGGCUCCGAGCGCCUUUUCGGCCUUGAAAACUUCGGCAACACCUGCUACUUUAACUCUGUGCUGCAAGCGCUAUAUCAUUGCCAGCCCUUUCGGGACUCCCUCCUCAUCCACUCAAAAUCCCAACGGGAGGGAGACGUCACACUGCUCGAUGCCUUGGCCACUCUGUAUCACAAGAUAGCAACGUCGCGCAAGCGACACGGCAUCAUUCAACCACGCCAGUUUUAUGCCUGUCUACGCCAAAGCAAUGCCAGCUGUCCGCAUGCCAGCCUGACGAUCCUCGGACCUGUAGAAAUCUACAACAGCAGCAUGCAACAGGAUGCUCAGGAGUUUCUCAACUACCUCCUCAAUGAGCUGUCUGAACAGGCCGUCAAGCUUGCCCGACGAGAGCGGCCUGCUGCUGCUGACGCCCCCCAAAAGACUUGGGUGGAGGAUCUUUUUCGUGGCACCUUGACCAACGAGAUUCGCUGCCUCACCUGCGAGACGACGACGACGCGUGAUGAGCACUUUCUGGAUUUGUCCUUGGAUAUUGGUCAGAAUUGCAGCUUGACCAGCUGUCUGCGAAACUUUAGCUCAACUGAAACGCUAAGGGAGGAUUCAAAGUACUACUGCGAGGCAUGCUGCUCCAAGCAGGAGGGCGAGAAGAGGUACAGUUGCUUCCAUGAUUGCGCGCUUUUUUCCCCCAACUGUCUAGUCUAUGCGUCCGCCUCACAGGGGAGCAACGAUAGGCUGCGCAUCAAAGCAUUGCCCAACGUGCUAGCAGUACAUCUCAAGCGCUUCAAGUACAGCGAACAGUUUCAGAAUCUUAAAAAGCUCUCUUGCCGCGUCGCUCACCCUGUUGAAUUGCGCGUUGUCAACACGACCGAUGAUGCCGAAGAUGCGGAACGACUUUACGACCUCUUUGCGAUCGUGAUCCACAUUGGUUCACACCUCACCCGUGGUCACUACAUUGCUCUCGUCAAAUCGGGCAUGCAGUGGCUGUUGUACGAUGAUGACCGAGUCGAGGCGGUGCCCGAGUCCAGCAUCGAGGAUUAUUUUGGCCAUACAGAAAUGCAGGAGCACCAGCGCAAGACCUCGUCCACGUCCUACCUCUUGUUCUACCAAGCGCGCCGCAUGAGCUGCGCCUUUCCCACCUUCAAGGUCACCCCGCCCUCUGCCAACGGCACAAUGCGUGGCGCGCGCGAUGCGGAUGAGAGCACAUCUGCGCCGGUGGCCCGCGGGCUGCCUGCGGCUGUAUCCAAUGCCUCAUAUUGA